AUGAUGCACCCCUCUCGACAAGCUUACGUUGAGGAGGCGGAGGACACAGAUAUGGGAAUCGAUCUGGCCAAUAUUCCCACCGACCAAGACUAUGAGAUCCCGGCUUCUGCAGCGGGGAUUCCCGCAGAACGAGCCUCCGCCAUAUAUUCCCAAUUCGAGCGCAAACGUAGAGCAGCUGCCAUGGCAGUGCCGACGGACGAUACCAGGGUACGCGCACGGUUAAGAGAACUCGGUGAACCCAUUACAUUAUUCGCAGAAGGACCAGGGGACCGUCGAGAUCGAUUGCGCGAGCUUUUAACGGAUCUAUCAGAACGACAAACUGGCGAGGGAGAUGUUGAGAUGGAAGAAGUCGAGGAAGAGGAGGUAGAACAACAAGAGGAAUUUUACACCGAAGGAACAAAUGAUUUACUGGAAGCGCGCAAAGACAUAGCUCGAUUUUCUUUACCGAGAGCCAAGUCCCGCGUGGCGCGACUCAAGGACGAAUCAACAAUUCCACUCCGAACACAUGUGAAGCAUCGCAAAGCAAUCAAAGAAAAGCUUCAAGGGUUCGACCUUUAUGGUUCUCAAAUUGCGGGAGAUCGCCCCGUUAGUGUUUGUCGAUUCGCACCAGAUGGACAGACUAUUGCAGCUGGAAACUGGAGCGGAGGUAUCAAGCUGCUGUCAGUUCCCAAUCUGGAGGAGAAGGCAAGUUUUAAGGGACAUACAGACAGAAUUGGUGGACUUUCAUGGUUUCCGGGUGCUACGCUUGGUCACUCCAACGUCUCACCCUCAUCGGUCAAUCUCAUGUCCGGUGGAGGCGAAGGAAACAUUAAUCUAUGGGCGCUUGAUCAAGACAAGCCGUUGGCAACGCUGUCCGGUCACUCCGGCCGUGUUUGCCGAACAGAAUUUCACCCCUCAGGGAAAUAUGCGGCAUCCGCAUCUUUCGAUACUACUUGGCGCUUAUGGGAUGUGGAAACAACGACAGAGCUACUUCUGCAAGAAGGCCAUUCUCGCGAGGUAUAUGCGGUAGCAUUCAACAACGAUGGAUCUCUUGUUGCUAGCGGCGGUCUGGACAGUAUUGGUCGUAUCUGGGAUUUGCGAACAGGGCGAGCAGUUAUGGUUCUUGAAGGACAUAUCCGCGAGAUCUAUGGGAUGGAUUGGGGUGUGGACGGCUAUCGGGUGCUUUCAGGUUCUGGAGAUGGAUGGGUCAAAUGCUGGGACCUGCGACAAGUGCGCAGCACCGGUGGAAUUGGUGCACACAAGAGUUUAGUAUCUGACUUGCGAUGGUACAAGGGUUCAGAUGCAGCCUCUUAUCUGCCCUCUGCAGAUGUUUCAAACGGCCAAAUGGAUGUUGAUGGCGACUCGCCAGCGACAAGUGAUACCGUGACAAAUGUGCCAGUUGAACCGAAGAAGGCUGGCACCUUUUUUGUGUCCAGUGGGUUUGACAGGAACGUGAAUGUCUUCAGUGCCGAUGACUGGUCUCUACUCAAGACAUUGAGUGGGCAUUCUGGCAAUGUUCUCAGUACAGAUAUCAGUGAUGAUGCCAGGUGGAUUGCCAGCUGUGGCCAUGACCGAACAGUAAAGCUCUGGGGCAUUGAGUAA